UUUAUAUAAAGCACCAAUAGCGCGUGUCAUUCCAACAGAUACAACAACAUGGCUACUAGAGCUCGGUGGCGCUUCCUUGCUGUGGUGGUCUUCGUCGUAACACAUGGACAUAGAGCUAUAGCUUCUCAAGAAAUCAUGAAGAAAUUAACCACAGGGUUUUCUAAGGCUUUAGAGGAGUGUAAGCAAGAAAUGGGUUUCGGCGAGCACAUCAUGAAAGACUUCUACAACUACUGGAAGGAGGACUACGAGCUGCUGAACAGAGAAACAGGCUGCGCCAUCAUGUGUAUGGCCUCCAAAUUCGACCUCAUCGCGGACGACAUGAGUCUACACCACCAGAAUGCGCAUGAGUUUGCUAAAACGCACGGAGCUGAUGACGACAUGGCCAAGCAGCUAGUGAACAUGCUGCACGACUGCGAGAAGGUUCACGACUCCAUUGUCGACAACUGCAGUAAAACCCUGGAGAUAUCUAAGUGUUUCCGCACCAAGAUACAUGAGCUCAAGUGGGCCCCCUCCAUGGAAGAGAUCCUCGAGGAGGUCAUGACUGAAGUUUAAAUGAUAGAGUAGAAUUGGUAACUGGAGAUAACACGUCUAAAUGAUGUUUUCUUAUAUACUCGCUUUCCAAAUCGUCAGUAGAUGUAGGUACUAAGUAAUCAUAAUAUUGCUAGAGGUCAUAGUAGAU